UUACCCCAUCUAGUUCAAUUUUUUGGAUCUCACUUACCCCCCAAAAAUUGAAUUAGACAGAAACCAAAAACUGCGCAAUCUUUCUAGGGUUCUUAACCCUUCACUCUCUCAACUCCGAAUUUCACUCUCUUUGCUCAUCUUCAGGAAUUAUCGUUUGUGUGGAAAUGGACGCGGAAGAGCAUGUGAAUGAUGUUCCUUCUUCCGUGGGAAUUUCUGGUUCUGAAGGUGAAAACAACAGUGUCAAGAACAUGGAAAUAAGUGAUUCUGUGGUUGAGGUGGAAAAGCUGGAAGCUGAAAAGUCAGUUCAAGCUGAAGAAGAGAAGGAUUUGGAUUUGCAAGUGGAUUUGGAGUUGGCCGAGACGGUUGUGAAAUUGGAGGAGGGAGUAAGAGAAACAGUGCAUGCUGCUGAGACUGUUAGCCUUUCUAUCAAAGAUGAAAGUCCCAAUGAAACCGUUGAGAUUGGUAGAAGAGGUGUUAAAAGAGCCCGGAUUACUGUUGAGGAUGAACACGAGCCUUCUGUUCAUUUUAUUUACAAGUCUUUGACAAGAGCUAGUAAAAAGAAACUUGAGGAAUUACUGCAGCAAUGGUCCCAGUGGCAUGCUAAACAUGUUUCCUCAUCCAAUGAUCCUAGCACCAUGUUGGAAUCUGGUGAGCAAACGUUUUUUCCUGCUGUGUGUGUUGGACAUGAAUCGACAUCUUCCGUGUCGUUCUGGAUGGAGAAUCAGACAAUGAAUGGUAUUAACACAGAUGUUAGUCCUAUAGAUGAUAGUUCCGUGCCUCUAUAUGAUCGCGGAUAUGCUUUGGGAUUGAUUUCAGCUGAUUUUUCAAAUAAAGCGGACAGUGGUCUGGAAAUCAUAGAUGCUCCUUCCAGGUGUUUCAAUUGUGGUUCAUACAGUCACGCUUUAAGUAAAUGUCCAAGGCCUCGUGACCCCACCGCUGUCAAUAAUGCUCGCGAUAAACUUAAAUCCCGACGCAACCAAAAUUCUUCUUCUCGUAAUCCUACUCGAUAUUAUCAGAAUUCUCCUGUUGGAAAGUAUGAAGGUUUGAGGCCAGGCGCUCUUGAUGAUACCACACGUCAACUCUUGGGCUUAGGGGAACUUGAUCCGCCUCCAUGGCUUAACAGAAUGCGUGAACUAGGAUACCCACCAGGAUAUCUUGAUGCGGAUGAUGAGGAUCAGCCUUCUGGCAUAACAAUAUUCACUGAUAAGGACAUGGCUGAAGAGGAAGACGGUGAAAUUGUUGGAGCAGAUACUUCAAAGCCAAAGCAGAAAAUGAGCGUUGAAUUUCCAGGAAUAAAUGCUCCUAUUCCAGAAAAAGCCGAUGAAAGAUUGUGGGCUGAUAGAGCUGUAGUACCCUCAAUCUCGUCAGAUACAUCAAGGAACUGGUUACAGCAGAGAUCACAGAGUUUUGGUAGCCGAGGACAUCAUCAUGAGCAGAGAAUAGGCGACUUAAGGGAUGAUGGUCCUCCAGGGGACCCAGGACUCAGGUCAUCACAAUUUAGUUUUCAGCCUAGGUUUGGUAGUGGCCAUGUUUCUCCGAACUCAAUGGCAGACUGGAGUAGUAGAAGAAAUCCUUUGCAUGAAGAAGAGUCACCAAUGCCAUUUUCAUUCCAUUCUCAAUAUUAUUCAACCCCAGAGAGGCAUUUUUCUCCAUUUGAACGAGAUUCUGGUAGUAGCAGACAUGGAAGCCGGAGUUCUGGUAGCGUGUAUGACAGAGAGAGAGAUAGAGAUCUUUCAUCUCGAUUUAAUGAUAGGCGUCCGGAAGACCGUCAUUAUCAUAGUCGAAGGUGAUAGUUGAAAUUGCAUUAAACAUAGCUAUGCGUGAGUUCAGAUUAGCACUUGUAGAGCAACAAACUUGAUCGACUCAACUGGAUAGAUAUAUUCUUUACCAUUUCAUCCCAUAGGAUAAAGUUUCUAACAAACCAAGCAUAUUGGUAGGUUAUGAAGAUGCAUUUUAUCAUUUUCAAACAUUGGAAUUGUUUACACACCUGUUAGGGACAAUGACGUGUGCAGAGUUCUAAGCGAAUUUUGGUAAUUUUGUGUGCACUAUUUUCUUUUGUGGUUAGUUGCUUACUUAACUCUCAUUUGCUUAUGCAAUGAAUUAUCAGUUCUAGAACUGAUGACUAUAUGAUUAGCGGUUUA